ACCUCCUAAUGAUGGAGAAAAUUGUGUUUUUAGUAUUGAAGGCAGCACUGAUUCUGUCAGUGUUAUGUCAAUCAUGUAUCUGCAGUAGUGAUUUCUUUGAUAUUGUUGAACUUGCUAACUUAAAUGGGAGAGUUGGUGAUGAUGUAAUGUUUGUGAGGGAGUCAAAUGGGCUGGAAGCUUAUCAAUUAUCUCAUCCAAUUACUAUAUCAGCAAAUAAUAGUGACUGGAUUAAUCUCAGCAAGAGGCUGCCUAACAGUGCUUAUUUUGCUCAUAUUGAUAGUAACUAUACUGGUAAUGUCUUUGUGUGGUCAACUGAAUCCAGCAGUGUCAUUGUUAAACUUGAUAUUAUGAGAGAAGGAACAGAGCAGAAGUUUCUCAGUGUACAGAUAUUAGACAGAGAAGCAAUAAAGUUUGUAUUGCCAGCAUCAAAUUCUACCUACCGUACAAUUGGACUGAGAAUAGCUUAUGGCUGCACUGUCACUGCCUUUGUUGACUGCUAUGAGUUAACUUCUGCUGAUCAGCCUGAUUUAAUUCAUGGGAUAAAUAGUACUAAAGACAUUUCUAUUUUUGGAUCAGCAUCAUCUUCAAAUAUGCCAAAAGUUUCUCAUUUGAUUUUUUCAUCUAAAGCUAGCACUGCUGUUAUUGAUUGCCCACGAAUAAAGGUCAAAGUAGGAGCUGAUAAACAGGGGAUAAGGGGUCCUGCUGGACAAAGAGGUCCACAAGGAUUUAAAGGAGAUGUUGGUGACAGUGGUGUUCAAGGACCUUCAGAAAACAAUGGCAUUAGAGGAAGACAAGGACGUCCAGGCUCUCCUGGAACUUCUGGUGAUGGUGGUGAUAAAGGUGAAAUG